AUGUCGGAUGGCAAUUCGAAAACAAACGACUCGAAAAGCAAAACAACAAGCAACUUGGGGCCACGAGAAGAGUCUGAAGUUCAGGAAUUCCAGACAGGGAGCACUAGACGACGACCAACCACGCGGCAUUCCUCUAAGACCAUCCAGGAUGACGCGUCGCUACAAGACCCAGCCGCGUUCGUAUCUUCUGUUCUUUACGGAUGGAACGAUAUCCUAGCUGACCGUCAUGGUGGUAUAUCCCCUUUGCCCCCGCAAGAGACUGUACAAACGAAAGACCAGCAAAGCAACGUUAAGAGCCUUGGAAAGCAAGACGCAACCCCUCACAUUCCACCAGCACCCGAACGACAAACACAGCACAAAGAAACGACCGAAACCAAGGCACCGGUACCCCCCAUCGCCACCAGAAUUGCUGCACGAAUCGACGAUUUUAUCCCGAAUGACCCACGAUCCAUUCAAGAAACUCAGCUUUAUCGAUCAGCGUACAAACUCAUUCAAUGGCAACGAGACAACUAUUUGGUCGGGACUGAGUAUGCCGAUUGGCGCAAGCAAGAUCGACAACGCGCCGCUCAGCAUCAUCACGAAACGUUGUCUUCGUCUACGAGAAAUCUCGUAACACGCGCAACGAAAUCACUCAACCCUCGCACGUUUUGGAAUCGAACACCAUCGUCUUCCGUUUUCUCCACAAAAGCAGCGGACCAACUGGUGUACGAUCCUACAGCAGCUAGUCACGGACAAAUGGCUUCCCUCGCCAGUUCUUUCAUUCCAUCCGACACUGUUGUAAAAGCUGUUGCGCCACUUGUGGCUGCCUUGCCAACUGGAUUUUUGUAUCCAACCAUUCACCAGGCUACCGUUGGUCUCAUUGUCAGUCAACAACUCACGGUCGAUCGUGCGACGAAAACAGCCAUUCUCGGGGUUCUGCAAAAUCCUGCUAACCGAAUCAAAAUCAAAACGUCCACUUCUGGAGCUAUACACAACAGGCUCGGAGCAAGCAAGUCUGAAGAGCGGGUUACUGGAGAUAGUCACUACCGAUAG